UCGGAAAAAAGAUGGUGGGUCGGGCAUGAACCGGGUCGAGAGAAUUCCACGAGUCCAGACAAAAUGGCUCGAGAGAUCCUGAUCCUUCUUCGGAGCAACCCUAGAAAGCUGUCCUCCGAUUGUCCUCUGCCACAAUCGAAUAGUCUUGGGCGUCUCGAGACCUUCGGCUUCAUUCAGAGUACGCAUCCCUUUAUCUUCGAUACCACGGUGCUUGAGUUUAACCAAGUGCUUUUACAUAUCUCAUUUCUGCUAUGGAAAAUGUCAAUGAACGUUCCCAUAUUUCCCUAGGGAUGACGGAACCACCCUUCAGACCACGUGAGCAACUUCUUGAGAAGCAAAGAUAUUUUCAGACCAUGCAUAAGCACACUUACUUGAAGGGGCCAUAUGACAAGAUCACCUCUGUCGCAAUACCACUUGCAUUGGCAGGAGCUUCAAUCUACAUGAUUGGACGAGGUAUCUAUAACAUGUCGCUUGGAAUAGGAAAGAAAGAAUGAGGGACUUGGGAAUUUCUGCCGAGUGCUUGGCCUAAGCCUCACGAUAGUUCCUUGAAUGAGACCUGUUUUUCUUUGCACACAUGUUCGGUUUCUUAAUAAAUUUGCCUCGUUGCAGACUUUGAUCAUCAAUGGAAGUGUAAAACUUAAUGGACCCCGGUUUUUUUUGUUUAUUUGACGUAAGUCGAUUGACGGUUUAAAUUGUGAAAGAAAGUUUACAUUACCACGCUAUA